AUGCUUGACAUAUCAUUGCGAGGUCACGUUCGGGGCAAGAUGAUCCCACACGCUCGCUGGAGUGGUCCUGCCCACUUGCAGCAUUGGAUCGUCUUCAAACUCAGACCUCUACACGCAGGUUACAACAGCACAAACAUCAUAUCCAUCCAGCGUUGCCAUAAUUUAUCAAAGAGCAGUCACUACACCGCAUACUUCGUCAACGUAAGCUGCUUCUACACAUCCAAAUCGGAUAACAACUUCAGCCCUCCAUCUCACCGCAAGCCAGAAGGCGAGAGAACCGACUCCACCGACUUCAGCAAAGACCUCCUCGCAGCUUUAGACGGUGUCUCAAAGCGAAUCAACGCCGAAGCAGAAGCACCGGUCCAGAAAGCGCGCAGAGAAGGCAACACCGUUCGAAAGGACCCCAAGCAAGCCCCUCUCUACGGCGUGCCCCAAGCCCAAUAUGGUCGUCGAAUGGACGAACGCAACCACAGACCUUCGCCGAAACCUUACCGUCCCAGAUUCGUGGCGCAGCAGUCGAUUGGGCAGCGUGGACCAGGAGGUAUCGACAUGAACGGUCCGGCUUGGCAGAAGUUCAUUCCUGCUCCUCCCAGUCGGCGAACCAACAACGCCCAGUCCCGUCCUGGCAACAACGCAUUCACUUCACCGAAAGAGACCCGGCGGUCUGCAGGCGUCAACGAGCAGAAUGCGCCUGCUGAGAAGAACCCAAUGACAACCUGCUUCGUCGAGCUAUUCGCAGCUGGACUGGGAGGAACUUCUGAUCGAGCGAGAGAAGCCGAAGCAGAAAUCAGACCCAUCGCCCCACCCAUUCAGACAAUCUUGGACAUGAUUGAUUCGUUUCGUAUUCGGCCUUUUUCUUUUUCUUUUCCAUUCCAGCUCUUCUCUCGCCCCGUAUUGACAUAUAUGUCUAACCACCCCAGCCCACCUGAUCCGAGUCCCGCCUAUACUUUCCAGAUUCCGAAGCACCAUCCAUCCAUGUCAAGUACAAGAUUCGCAAAACUCCUCGCUGGCCUAAUGGGCUGGUAG